CAUUGACAAAUGUCCAAUGGAGUGGAGCCGACGACGACAAAAUAAAUACAAGUCGAUCGCCAUGGCCAAAUUUCAACUUUGAACUUCGAAGAAUUUGUUCGUCAUCUGUCCCUUGCUCUGGAGUUGCUGUGCCGAGAUUGGAGCCCAUGGCGAUCUCAAAGCUCGCCAUUUUGUCGAUUUUUCUAGCCCUAGUUGUCACGUACGUUCGUGCUGAUGUAUCGGUUGAUGGAGAAGGGGAACAUGUAGUUGAAGGCGUUGGAUCGGAUGUUUCCGAGUUAUCUGAUUUGAAGGUCGAAUUGGAUGAGCUUAAGUUCAAGAUCCAAAAGCUUGAAUCCCACCAUGAUGAAAAAAACCAAGAAUUGAAGAGGAAGGAUGAGGUAAUAGCUCAGAAGGAAAAGAUCAUUAGCGCCAAGAUAGAUAGCAUUUUGUCGCUUGAAAGUGAGAUUGCUUCUCUUCAGAAAAAAGGGAAAUUAGAUGCUGAGGAGCAGGUUGGGAAGGCAUAUGCACGUGCUGAUGAAUUAGAAAGACAGGUUGAUGCUCUCAAAAGAGAAUUUGAGACACUGAAUAGGGAGAAAGAAUCCUGGGAAACUCAAACAAAUGAAGCUGAGAAGAAAAUACACGAAGUCAGUUUAAGAUUAGAGAAUUUCCAGAAGAUUCAUGAAGAACAGAAGACUAGAAUCCGUGUAACUGAACGGGCUCUUGAAGUGUCUAAGGAAGAGAUGAGGAAGGCAAAGUUUGAGGCAGCUUCUAAAAUCAAAGAGUUAACAGAGGUUCAUGGUGCGUGGCUCCCGCCUUGGCUUGCUUCACAUUAUGACAAUCUUCAGUCUUUGGUUACAGCACACUGGAAUGAGCAUGCAAAACCUGCAAUUGAUGUAGUAGUUCAGAAGGCUUUGGAUAAGAAGGCACAAGCUUCAAAAUGGGCUGAACCCCAUAUCGAGACAAUGAAAGUAAAAUAUAUUCCCGCUGUGAAGGAAAGAUGGUUGGUAGUAAAAACGAAUGUCAAACCACAUGUACAGACAUUAACUACAAAAACUGUAGAAUUUUAUGAGACGUCGAAGAGUGCAAUAACUCCUUACGUCACUAGAUCUAAAGAAGCUAUCGGUCCGUACUAUGUGGAAGUCAAGAAAAUCAGCAAGCCUUAUAUUGAUCAGGUUGCUACUGUUACGAAACCCCAUGUAGAAAAGGUCAGGGUGGCCUUGAAACCCUAUACAAAGAAGUUAGUUCAUGCAUAUGGAAAAUUUCUAAAAUCUGCGGCCAUAUAUCAUCAUAAGGUUCAAGGUGCUGUUAAAGAUACUCUUAAUAGACACGAAUUGACCAGGCCCCUCGCAACUAGAGAGUUGGAGUGGUUUGCGGCUUCUGCUUUAUUGGCUCUUCCAAUACUUCUGCUGUUCAAUAUGUGCUCUGCCAUUUUCUGGAAAAAAACCAAGAAACCUAUUCGAAACAGCAACGCCCACCAUGCACGUCGUAAGGGUAAAAGGGGGCAUCCAGACAAGUAGAAGGCUAUCAUUUUGCACGUCAAGCUGUAGUGGGAGGAUACUUUGGAGAUGAGGUUCAUACUUACGGGCUUUCGUGAUUAUCGAGUGCCUUCAUGGCUGUAAGCCGAUAAUUAUUUUUUGUAUUUCGUUAUUAGGUCCUGCUGCAUAUUCUUUCAUCGUCUGCAAUAGCAUUUUAGGUCCUUGUUCGAUUAUCAUUUAGUUAUCAGGAAGGAGACGGCCAGAGCCUAUAGAAGUUAAUGUAUAAUAAAUAGUACGUUGCUUAAUUUUAUUUUCGAGGAGUUUUAACAUUUUUCUUCCCAAUAUAAUUAAGACAUGUAUUUUACCCCUUAGGUUACGGCGCAGGGAUAAUUUCUCUCUAA